ACCCCGAUGCAAAUGGGGAGAACCAGCAUCCCUCCUCACGCACAUGGCAUGCUCCCCAGUUAUUGAAAAAUCAUUUAAAAACGCAACAACACGUCAGCGCCAUCGUUAGUUAUACUUAUCAUAAUCAUCUUCUUCAUCAUCAUCAGCUUACAACUCUCCCACCUUAACACGACACCGUUUCUUCCCCUUCACACCAUCAGCCGCAACACAGCAAUUUUCAGCGCCACCCGCACCCUUCAGCCAUGGCCGCUCGCGCGUUGCUCAGGGUGAUAAAGAAACGCGCCGUUUCGUGCCCCGCAUUCCGCGGCCACUACACUUUUCGACACGGUAGCACGCUCGUUGUGGCGGAACACGAAGGUGGCGUUAUCAAACCCCCUUCUCUCUCUGCACUUGCCGCUGCCACGUGUCUUCCCGACCCUGACUCUUCCGUUUCGGUGCUCUUGGCUGGUUCCGGUCCUUCUCUUCAUCAAGCUGCUUCACACGCUGCUUCGUCCUACCCUUCAAUCUCCAAGGUGCUGGUAGCAGAUUCCGAUAAAUUCAAAAACCCUUUGGCAGAACCUUGGGCUAAAUUAGUUCAUUUGGUUCAGCAUAGUGGUGGUUACUCUCACAUAUUUGCUGCAGCAAAUUCUUUUGGGAAAAACAUAAUGCCACGAGUCGCUGCUCUUUUAGAUGUUUCUCCAAUUACUGAUGUUACUGGAAUUUCUGAUUCCAAUACUUUUAUAAGGCCAAUAUAUGCUGGAAAUGCACUUUGUACUGUUCGAUAUACUGGUGCCAGUCCUUGUAUAUUAACAAUUAGAUCCACGUCUUUUCCUGCUCUUCAGAAAUCAGUUGACUCUAAUGAGGCUUCCAUAUCCCAGGUUGACCUUUCAACCUUGGACGAAGGUCAGUUAUUUCGUUUCUGGUGCAUGGACAUUUUAUUUUAUGGAAAAUUGAAAAAGACAAAUGUACACUUUUGUUAUGAAUACGGGGUUAUUGGGAUAAAAAUAUCCUAGCAUCUCUAUAGUAAUUAGAAAAAAAUAUUUUAGCUGAUAUUUAUUUCCCUUUUUAAGAGUGGGAUUGUUAC